ACGGAAAAGGUCGUCACCCUUUAUUUUCAUGGAACGUUUUCAUUGGCCAAUAUCUUCUAAGUGGCCUAAUAUAAGUAGAAAUUUCUGUCUUUCCAACCCUGAGACGGCUUAAAUGUUCCACUCAAGAUAUGUUAAGUGUUUGUAUUGUAAGUAUAUUUAUUCAGCUUCAAGAGGCUUUGUUUAGGAGGUUUCCAAGAUCAACAGGACAUGACUUUCUGCUCGAUAUUUGAGGCAAUUCUGAGUUUAAAUUAUGCUGCUUGGUUUUUUGUUGAAUUAGCUGUUGCUGAUACGAAAUACAACAUUUAACGCAACGAUAUCUGUCUUUCCAACAGGAAACUUAAAAUCAAGAUGAACAACAGCACCGAUCCUACUGUGGUUUAUUUCGAGGAAGAAAGUGACUCUAAACUACCCAUAACCGCAGUGGUAACAGUUCUGUCGUUUCUGUCAUUCGGCACUGUAAUUGGCAACAGUCUCGUGUUCACGGCUAUUCUCAUUAACCCUGCACUUCACAGCGUCACCUAUUUGUCGGUGUUUAGUUUGGCGAUUGCAGACUUUUUGGCUGGAAUAAUCGCCAUGCCAAGCUACAUACUGAAAAAGUUCUCGUUGGGAGAAUCCGCCGAUGUCAUCAUCUGCGACGUCUUCCGUUUCUCCUACUUUCUCACCGGUUACGCCUCCAUUCUGAGCUUGUCUGUCAUUAGUGUCGAGCGCCUAUUAGCAGUGAAGAGUCCACUAAGAUAUACCACCAUAGUUACACAUAAGCGAGUGAUUAUGGGUUUAACAUUGGCGUGGCUCGACGCGAUGAUUAUAUCUUCACUUCCCUUCGUCCCAUGGGAUCCAAACUCUCCUUAUAAGGAAUGUAAUUACGAGCCGACGCGAUGGUGGAGUAUCAUGGUCAUUAUAUCUAACGUUAUUUUACCAUUUCUACUCAUCGCAACGUGCUAUACCUACAUGUAUCUAACCGCCAGGUCACAUGUUAAGAAAAUAUUAAGUAACAGAAACAGCGUAGAAAAUGAUAAAGCUCGAAAACCGCGGAGACAAAGUAACGAACGUCGAGCCAGCACCACAAUACUGAUUGUUAUCGGGGUGUUCGUAACUUCUUGGUUUCCAUCUUGUUUCUAUUACUUCUUACAGAAAACGUGUCCGCAAUGUUUUUCUGAUUCAUUCCGAUCAAAGCAAAGCAUCUUCAAUGCCUUGGUCAAAAUUCUGACUUUCACGUCGUCCUUUGCCAAUCCUAUAAUA